GGAUCAUAUUUGGGUAUAGAGAUUGCUAUCAAGGAAGUUUUACCUUCUAAUGAUUAUGAUGUUCACAAAUACUUCGAACGUGAAUGGAGGAUUAUGAGAGAAUGUAGACAUCCUAAUAUUGUCUUAUUCCUAGGUUUAUCAAAAGCUCCAGAUGGGGAUGAUAGAGUAUUCAUCGUAUCCGAAUACGUACCCCGUGGAAACCUACGACAGUUCAUUCUAUCUCCUUACGCCUUUCCAUGGCGGUUGAGAUUAUCAUUUGCUACGGAUGUAGCUCGUGCCGUGGCCUAUCUACAUGCUCGGCAGUGCAUUCAUCGAGAUCUGAAAGGAGAGAAUUUACUCAUCACUUCCAACGAACGAGUCAAGGUUACCGAUUUUGGCUUUGCCAGAAUUGCUUCGAGGAAUGAGGAAGAGAUGAGGCGAAUGACUUAUUGCGGGACCGAUGGCUACAUGAGUCCAGAGAUCAUCAAUGGCCAGCAAUUCGAUCUCCCAACUGACGUCUUCUCUUUGGGAAUCAUCUUCAUCGAAAUCAUGUGUCGGCGUCUGGUAGAUUCGAAGAACUUUGUGCGCCAAGCACCAUCUUGGACACCGGAUCCAGAGGAAGUCCGUCGUCGAGUAUCCCCCAAUUGUCCACCAGCAUUCACCGAACUCGCCCUCAACUGUUGUGCAGAAGAACCCCUUGACCGUCCUAUCAUGUCUGAAGUGCUAGAACGACUACGAACUAUUGAGGUGGAGGUUUUAGCCUCACUCGAUGCCGAUACGGGUGAACAUGUCGGUUCGAUCAGAUUGGUCCAUCGAGGAAAGCGU